AUGGAGCCCAGAGCAGAGGCGAGGAACGAACGGCAGCGCACAGUCGAGAGAGCUGUGGAAGUCGACGGCGAUGAGUUGCGGCCGCCUCGCGUCUCGUCGUCUGCCUUCCAGCAGCCUUCCGAGGAGGCGGAAAAACGCAACGAGAGUCAGGCCAACGAAAAAGAUGCCGACGGUGAGAAGACUGCGGAGGAUGACGGGGUCAACGGAAACGCAGCCGACGGCACCGGCGAGGCGACAGAAGCCGCGGACACAAAGGGGGAGUAUGGUAGUUCCUCAGAGGUCGCCGGCGGAAGGCCGCCUCUGCCGGUUUUUGAGUGCACGAACCCGUGUGGGAUAUCUCCGCGCGAACGGACGGAAGCGCAGGAUGAGGCGUCGCUCUCGGAGGCCGUCAAAGAGGAGACGGAGGACGGAGGGCCUGCGCCGACGCUCAGUCCAGUGCCACGCAACUGCGCCCCCGGCGGCGAUGCGGCCGCCCUGCCCCGAAGAGAGGAAAGUGGAAGAAGAAAGGAGGAAGCUGAGGUCGCAGAGGGUGCGGCGGGAGCAGGCUCCUCUGUAGACGCUGGAUCCGCUGACGAAGGAGAGACCGGCAUGGCGGCUGGCGAGCGCCUCGAAACCCCUCUCGAGUCUGGAGAGCCCGCGAAACUCUGCGGCAUUCUGGAUCUGCUGUGCGAGGAAGGAAUUGUCGGACGAACUGAAACGGAGCUCUGCAAGCAGAAGAUGUUCCAGCUUGACGUCGCGCUGCAGGCGGCGCUGACGAAGGAGCGCGCGGCAGUGUCCCAGAUGGCCUGCCUCAAACGCGACGUCGAAGACCAGAGGAGCGAACUGGAGCGGCUGCUGCGAGAGUCGCGGGAGCACGAGAUGGAAAUGAAGAGACUGCAGGGCAAAUUGAAGGACAAAGAAGCGGAACUCGAGAGCUCAGCGGAUGCAGAGAAGCUUCUCAAGCUGCAGAUUCGCGAGCUCAAGAAGGAGAAAAAGAGUCUCGAAGACGCCCUCGUCGGCCGGAGAGAGGAAAUCCGACAAGCGUUUGGCGUCCUCACUGAGAACGCAGCCGCAGAAAUCGAGUGCGCCAAAGCAGCAGCGCUUCAGGUGGAGGGCGUCAAGCGCGAACUGGAAAUCGCUGCGCAGGACCCCGAGCGCUUCCGAAUACAAGCUGAACAGUUUAACCAAGUGAUGCAGGUCAUGCAGUCCCAGUCCGCGAGUGUGGCGCAGGAGCUCGAGGCACUCGAGCAGAAGUCAGCCGGGGCGAACGAAAAACUCCAAGCUCUGGAGGCCAAGAAGGAGGAAGCGAUGCUUCAGGUCACAGUCAAGCGAGACGAAGUGACUGCCGCAGAGCUAGCCGAGCGCGCCGUCAUGGGCAAGACAGAAGCUGCCAAAAUGGCGUAUCUGCAAGGAGUGGAAUCGAAGCGCGCAGCUGAAAUUCAGCUGAAGGCGCACUCGACGGAACUGAAAAGGAUUCUCGACCUCACAAGCCGAACCCGGAGCCGCUUUGACCGAGCCAAAGUCGACUUCAAGAAGGCGGUUUCGACUCGAGACGCGAUUUGUGCUCAGCUCCCCGAGUUGAAGAGCGUCAAGUUUGACGGGGAGAUGGAGGGAAAGAAGUUGGGGAAAGGAACCUCGAGUCCUUUGGUGCGUGGACGUUACGUUUUCAACUUGAUGCAGGCGGAUCGCCUGAAGGAGAAGAAGCGCCUGGAGAUCGAGAUCGACAGGGCCAGAGAGACGGUAGCGGCGCCGCCGCGCGGGUACGAGUCCGCAUGUCUCUAUGUUACAGUAUCGUCGCGUCCGUCGCCCGCUGCUCUGCAGGAGAGCGACACAAAGGAGCGAAGCGAAGAAGUCGAGAUGGCGUUCAGAAAGCUGCUUGAGCUGGAGAAAGAGGCGAGCGCGACGCGCGGAGACGUGGACACCUGGGCGCAGCACGUCAAGGCGCUCGCGGCGCAGAAAGAGACACUCCUGCGGGAAGUCGCCGCGGCGCAUCAGAGAGUCACGGAGACGCAGCAGACGCUGCAGAUCAAGCUGAUUCGCCUCGAGUGCAACAACUACGUCACGCUCAAGCAGAACUCCGAUCAGCAAGUCGCAGAAAUGCUUGAAAGAUACAAAGUGCUUUCCAACGAAGUCGGCAUUCUGCGGCUUCAAGUAGAAGCCAAAACGAAAGCGAUCGAGCGCCGCUCCCUGCAGACGCAGAAGGAAGUCGAACAGAGAUGCUGGCUGCGACUUGAGCAGUCUCGACUCAUUCAGAAGGUCAAAGAGGAAAGCCGCCUCAUGGAGGAGAACGUGAUAGAAAUCGAUCGGUUGAACAACGUGAUUAACACCAUAGAAAAGGAAAUGCUGGAAACCAAGCGCGCCUACCAGACUGCUGUGGAGUCGCGCAACUUCACCGGCGUGCAGCUCAUCGACAGGCAUGCAAAAAAAAUCAAAUAA